AUCAUGCUGAACUCGCUGCACAAGUACGAGCCGAGGAUUCAUAUCGUACGAGUGGGUGGCCCUCAGCGGAUGAUCACCAGCCAUUCCUUCCCAGAGACCCAGUUUAUAGCCGUGACAGCCUACCAGAACGAGGAGAUCACAGCUUUAAAAAUUAAAUACAAUCCGUUUGCAAAGGCAUUUCUUGAUGCAAAAGAAAGAAGUGAUCACAAAGACAUGAUGGAAGAAGUGGGAGACAACCAACAGUCUGGGUAUUCCCAGUUAGGUAGUUGGCUUAUUCCCGGGACGGGGACUCUGUGCCCACCUGCCAACCCUCACCCUCAGUUUGGAGCCCCGCUGCAGCUCUCCCCCGCUCACAGCUGCGAAAGGUACUCGUCGCUGAGGAACCACCGUCCUGCCCCCUACCCCAACCCCUACACCCAUAGAAACAAUUCUCCAACAGCCUAUGUGGACAACUCCUCUGCCUGCCUUUCUAUGCUGCAGUCCCAUGACAACUGGUCUUCUCUGGGAGUUCCCACACACACAACGAUGCUGCCCAUGAGCCACAGCACUGGCACAGCCACCAGCUCCAGCCAGUAUCCUAACUUAUGGACCGUGAGUAACAGCACCAUCACUCCGGUCUCUCAGUCGAGCGGGAUGUCCAACGGCCUGAGCUCCCAGUUUUUACGCAGCUCUCCAGCGCACUACACGGCCCUCCCACACCCCGUCACCGCCACCUCCUCCGCCUCCCCCCUCUACGACGGCAGCACUGGGGCACCCACGGACCUGCCUGACAGCCAGUACGAUGCCUCUUCACACGCCAGGCUCACAUCCACGUGGACGCCUGUCACCCCCCCUUCCAUGUAA